AUGGGCUGCCAUUUCCACAGGUACUUCCGGGUCAUCCUCCUCCUCCUCCUGGCCCUGACUCUGCUGGUGCUGGCCAGAUUCCUUCUCACGGACUUAGAGCUUGUGACACCCCUGUUUGGGGGCCAGGCCAAGGGGCCGCCGGUGACCAACAUCAUGUUCCUGAAGACGCACAAGACGGCCAGCAGCACGGUGCUCAACAUCCUCUACCGCUUUGCCGAGACCCACAACCUGUCCGUGGCACUGCCCGCCGGCUUGCACGUCCACCUGGGCUAUCCCAGGCUCUUCCUGGCACGCUACGUGGAAGGCGUGGAAGGCGUGGAAGGUGUGGAAGGCGUGGAGCCGCAGCACCACUUCAACAUCAUGUGCAACCACCUGAGGUUCAACCUGCCUGAGGUGCAGAAAGUCAUGCCCAACAACACCUUCUACUUCUCCAUCCUGAGGAACCCCGUGUUCCAGCUGGAGUCCUCCUUCAUCUACUACAAAACCUACACCCCCGCCUUCCUGCGCGCCCCGAGCCUGGACGCGUUCCUGGCCUCGCCGCGGACGUUCUACAACGACAGCCUCCUCAAGAACGUCUACGCCAAGAACAACAUGUGGUUCGACUUCGGCUUCGACCCCAACGCGCCGCGCGAGGAGGGCUACGUGCGCGCGCGCAUCGCGGAGGUGGAGCGGCGCUUCCAGCUGGUGCUCAUCGCCGAGCACCUGGACGAGUCCCUGGUGCUGCUGCGGCGCCGGCUGCGCUGGGCGCUGGACGACGUGGUGGCCUUCAGGAUCAACGCCCGCAGCGCGCGCUCCGUGACCCGCCUGGCGCCCGAGACCCGGGAGCGCGCGCGGAGCUGGUGCGCGCUGGACUGGCGCCUGUACGAGCAUUUCAACCGCAGCCUCUGGGGGCAGCUGCGCGCCGAGCUGGGGCCGCGGCGGCUGCGCGGGGAGGUGGAGCGGCUGCGCGCCCGGUGGCGCGAACUCGCGACCCUGUGCCUGCAGGACGGCGGCGCGCCCAAGAACCGCACGCAGAUCAGAGACCCGCGCCUGCGCCCCUACCAGCCCGGCAGGGCCGACAUCCUGGGCUACAACCUCCGGCCGGGCCUGGACAACCAGACGCUGCGCGUGUGCCAGAGGCUGGUGAUGCCUGAGCUCCAGUACAUGGCGCGCCUGUACGCCCUGCAGUUCCCGGAGAAGCCCCGCAAGAACAUCCCGUUCCUGGGGGAGUAG